ACCAAAGACCUUCAGAGAGAGAGACAGAGAGCUCAGCAGAAAGCCAAAGGAGUGCGAGUGAGUCAGUGAGAGAGACAUGGCGCUGAGAGCAGUGGUUCUGCGUCACGUGCGAGUUCCGGUUCAAGCCCUAACCGGCGGCGCCAAGUGGGGCCCACCUUCACUCCGGUGGAUGUCCUCGCACGACGAUCAUCUCACCAAAAACGAGGUCACCGAGAGGGUCCUCUCCGUCGUCAAGUGCUUCCCCAAAGUCGAUCCCUCUACGGUGACUCCUAAUGUACAUUUCCAGAAAGAUUUGGGGUUAGAUAGCUUGGACAAUGUGGAGAUUGUAAUGGCUCUAGAAGAAGAGUUCAAGCUUGAGAUUCCUGACAAGGAAGCGGAUAAGAUUGAUUCUAUAAAUCUAGCCAUUGAAUACAUCUAUAACCAUCCAAUGGCUGGGUAACUAUAUUUAGCAGCAGGCCUGUCUCAUGAAAUGAGCUGUUGCAACGUAUUUUUGUUAUCAGUCGUGUGACAUUUGUAGGAAUUUGCUCAUCCUGUGGGCUGGAAAUAAUAUGCAUGUAUCUUCCUGGAACUGCUGUUAAACGUCUUUCCAAUGUUUCGAUUGUAAACAGUGACAUGCUCUAUCCAAAGAGUUUUCAGGACUGGUUGUGUUCC